AUGGCGGAUUCGUAUGAAGCCCACAAUCAUCCAGUUGAUCGGAGUAAUACUGUAAGACCGAUCUUAACAGGCACUGAGCUACAGGCUAUGUUAGAAAUAGCCGUAAACAAAGCAGUGGACCGAGUAUUAAAGGAUCAUAAGCAAAUGUGUGAGAAUAUCCCAAAUAAGGGUUACAAAAAAAGGAUCAUGAGAUGUGGCAUCUGUAGGAAGACAGAUCACAAGACUCAUGAAUGCAAGGACUUGAAGGACGCCACAUGCUAUGGAUGUGGCGAGAAAGGACGUGUAAAGACUCGCUGCCCAAAGAAGGCGACUAAAGAGAAGGGCACUUGGAAUUCACAAGCUAAGCCUUGUGGAAUCUGCAAUAAAGAAGGGCACAAAACUUUGGAGUGCCAAGACAUAAAGGACGCAACCUGCUAUGGUUGUAAGGAAAUAGGGCACACCGAAAACUAA